GGGAGCAUCUUGGUUCAGAUAAACAUGACGACAUAUAAUCGAAGGUGCAGAUCAAACAAUAAGAGCACACUUCAGCUGUAAUACAGUCAGGUGUAGAAUGGAGACCAGACUUGUCUUUAUUGGCCUUCACUUGCUGGAGCUGACAUCUGUUGUAUUUGCUGUGUCUCUGAAUGAUACAAAACAAAAGAUUGAACCUUCAGAGAAUCAAACUGCUGCCGGUGUCAGUAUCGAGGCUUCUUCAAACAAGUGCAUCCUGCAGAAUAGCCCUCUUUUACCUGCAUUCGCAGCGGAUGGAGACUUUGUUAUUGGAGGUGUUUUCUUUUUACACUACAAACUGCACACAGUGGUUAAUGACUACAGCACCAAGCCCGAGUCUCUAAGAUGCACAGGGAGCCUUAUUUCCAGACAACUGCGCUUUUCUCGAACAAUGAUCUUUGCCAUCAAUGAGAUAAACAACAGCACAGAGCUGCUGCCAGGUAUCAAACUUGGAUAUCAGAUAUAUGACUCCUGCGCCUCGGUACCAGUUGCAGUCCACUCUGCAUUCCAGCUGUUAAAUGGUUGGGACUCUGCGAUUGACAAGGACAGCAGUUGUUCACAGUCUGGUGGGGUGGUGGCUGUUGUUGGAGACUCUGGAUCUACUCCAUCCAUCAGCAUGUCUCGCAUCAUCGGGUCAUUUAACAUCCCGCUGGUCAGUUACUUUGCCACGUGUGCCUGUCUGUCAGAUAAGCAGCAGUACCCAACUUUUUUCAGAACAAUUCCCAGUGACCAGUUCCAGGCUGAUGCACUGGCCAAGCUGGUGAAACACUUUGGAUGGACCUGGAUAGGUGUUGUACGCUCGGAUACAGAUUAUGGGAAUUAUGGUGUGGCAUCUUUUCUCAAUGCAGCACAGAAAGUGGGAAUCUGUGUGGAAUACUCUGAAUCCUUCCUACGAACCGAUUCACAGAGCAAGAUCCAGAGAGUAGCUGAUGUCAUCCGCAGGUCAACAGCAUUGAUUGUUGUUACAUUUAUUGACUCUGGGGAUUUGAUCGUGCUUUUAGAUGAGCUGGCUCUGGAGCCUCCACCACCUCGUCAGUGGAUAAUGAGUGACCGCUGGGUAGCUGACCCAUACUUGAUGACCUACAGUUUCUGUGAAGGAGCCAUUGGGUUUGCAAUUCAGCAAUCUAUCAUCCCAGGUCUCAAAGAGUUCCUACUGGAUCUUUCUCCCACCGAAGUAGCCUCCUCCUCAGUGCUGACUGAGUUCUGGGAGGAUGCAUUCAACUGCAGCUUGGGUAUAGGAACUAAAACAGACAAACAAUUGUGUGAUGGUACUGAAGAUUUAAAAACGUUAAAAAACUCAUACACAGAUACAACUCAGUUAAGAAUUACUGCCAUGGUGCACAAGGCUGUUUAUGCUAUAGCUCAUGCUAUUCACAAUGCUGUGUGUUGGGAAGCAGUUGUCUCCACUAAGUGUGAAAAACAUUUAAGAUCAGAUUCUAAUCAGAUUUUUGAAAAACUGCAAAAUGUCAACUUUUCCCGCAACACUUAUUCUGUAUCAUUUGAUGCUAAUGGGGACUCUUUGGCUUUUUAUGAGCUGGUCAACUGGCAGAAGAGAGAGAGUGGAGUUAUUGAGCUGGUAACAGUAGGGUACUAUGAUGCAUCACUGCCUAAAGGACAGGAGUUUCAUGUCAACAACAACAUAUCAUGGCUGAAGGGUAGCACGCAAGUCCCAGUAUCAGUGUGCUCUGAGAGUUGUCGUCCAGGAACUCGUAAAGUCCUGCAGAAAGGAAAACCCAUCUGCUGCUACGAUUGUAUACCAUGUCCUGAAGGAGAGAUUAGUAACACGACAGAUUCUCCAGACUGUUUCCCGUGUCCCAGUGAAUCGUGGCCUAAUGCACAAAGAGACGCUUGUUUCCCCAAACCUGUGGAGUUUCUUUCCUAUGAUGAAGUCCUGGCAAUCAUCCUGGCUGCAUUCUCUGUUAGUGGGGCCUGUCUGGCCAUCAUAACAGCAGCUAUUUUCUUUCAUCACAGAACAACUCCAAUUGUCAGAGCCAACAACUCUGAGCUGAGCUUCCUGCUGCUCUUCUCUCUGACUCUGUGUUUCUUAUGUUCAUUAACUUUCAUCGGAGCUCCCUCUGAUUGGUCCUGCAUGCUGCGACACACAGCGUUUGGUAUCACCUUUGUUCUCUGUAUCUCCUGUGUUCUUGGCAAAACUGUAGUGGUUUUAAUGGCCUUUAAAGCCACACUUCCAGGUAGUAAUGUCAUGAAAUGGUUUGGGCCUCCACAGCAAAGAAUGGCUGUUGUGUUUCUCACAUUUAUUCAAGUUUUGAUGUGUACAAUUUGGUUGUUACUCAGCCCUCCAUUCCCAGUGAAGAAUCUGAGCACAUACAAGGAGAAGAUCAUCCUGGAAUGUGCAUUAGGUUCUGCUGUUGGGUUCUGGGCUGUGCUCGGGUACAUUGGCCUGCUGGCUGUUUUCUGCUUUGUGUUAGCUGUUCUAGCUCGGAAACUACCUGAUAAUUUUAAUGAAGCCAAGCUGAUAACCUUCAGCAUGCUGAUAUUCUGUGCAGUGUGGCUCACCUUCAUCCCAGCAUAUGUCAGCUCUCCUGGAAAAUUUACUGUAGCUGUGGAGAUAUUUGCUAUUCUGGCCUCCAGUUUUGGACUGAUUCUGUGUAUAUUUGCUCCAAAGUGUUUCAUCAUCUUAUUUCAGCCUGAGAAGAAUUCCAAGAAACACGUAAUGAUUAAUACUUAA